UCUCGGGAAUCGUCUAUUGAAAGUAUUUCCGUGCAGCCGAACACUACGACGAACUAAUUCAUCAUGACUGGCCGUGGCAAGGGAGGAAAAGGUCUGGGUAAGGGAGGAGCCAAGCGUCAUCGCAAGGUGUUGCGCGAUAACAUCCAGGGCAUCACCAAGCCAGCUAUCCGUCGUCUGGCGCGUCGUGGAGGUGUGAAGCGUAUCUCCGGACUGAUCUACGAGGAAACGCGUGGCGUGCUGAAGGUGUUCCUCGAGAACGUGAUUCGCGAUGCUGUGACGUACACGGAACACGCCAAACGCAAGACCGUCACCGCCAUGGAUGUCGUGUACGCUCUGAAGCGCCAGGGCCGCACGCUGUACGGAUUUGGAGGUUAAGAAGCGGAAUUCGGACGACGACGCCAUCACGCCUCGGGAGCGAUGGUCCCACAACACAACCGGCCCUUUUCAGG